AUGAACAUAGACUCUCGCCGCUUCCUUUCACCAAGGCUGAUGCCGGAUGCGGGGUACUCAGACGACCCGGGGCCCAUUCCCUUUCUCUCCAAGCUCGUUAUUCCCGGAGACUACCCUAAGGUGGCUAGGGAUGUUACGAUCGCCGGAAGGCGUUUCGAAAUCUGGUCCCCCAACUCGAGGAGGUUGCCGUUCUACCCCGGCAUCAAAUCCCCCGGCGUAGACUUGGAGGACCUAGCUAAAGGGAAGAGACGCUACGAUGGGCAUUUAGGGCCCUUGGAUCCAACCUACCACCCCCAACAUUAUCAGCCACGCCGGCCCUACCUUCCAUUCAUACGACGGCACAGUCACUUGAAUCCACCUAGCCUCUUCCCCGAGUUUGUGUCGCUCUUUGACGACUCCGAAGCUUGGAGCUCUCGCGCGGGAUCGGAAACGGGGGAAGGACACGUCACUGAGUCGUAUGUGAAGCGGUUGAAGAAGCGUAACACGUCGCUUCUCCAAGACGUGAAGUUCCUGGGAGACAGCCUACGGGAGUCAUAUUCGGAACGAGACCGGCUCCUGUGGCAGAAUCGCCCCCUUUACCCUAGCAAUAUGCAUAUCGAAGCGCUUCGGGACAUAACCUCGUUCGAAGAAGCGCUGGACAUGAUCACUGAAAUGCAAAGAGGCAUCAAAUUGCGGGAAGCAUGGAUUAACUACGUACAGCUUAAGAAUUUAACCCCUCGGGAUCCAGCAGAUUUCGCGCACGUCUUCGCCGUGGAGGGGAACGAGCAGUACAUGGGUCUAUGGAUGUCCGACGAAGCGUACGACGACGCCCUGCUCUACAUGACACGAUCGGGAGUCGCCUGCUUUUUCCUACACGAGUAUACCGUACAGGAAGCGAUGUUUCACCACCGCACUCAUACGUACUACCCUGACGCCGUCAUGCAGAAUUAUGCGCUCAUAUCGGACAAAGAUGGUCCAUGGCGGUUUGCGGUGAAACGGUCGAAGCUGCGUGCUCUAACGUUAGAAGAGGGAGAAUCUGUAGGGCGCGUAAAGAAGCUGCUGCACACGCUUCCCGCGUCGGGAUCUCUCUCACUAUCUAAUCGACAGGGGUACCGAUCGCCCUCACUGCGCGACGAUCGUUCGCUACCAGAAGCAAGGAAGCUAGCUGAAAUGGCUUCCCGCCCGCGGACGCCCGUGAAGUUAUGGCACGACAUGGACGGGCUAGAGGCAGACGCACCACGAACCGCGAGCCUACCCGUAGCAAAAGCUCCGCGCGUUAAGCUGAAACCGGCCAGGAUGAUAGAAGCGUCCGGCGCAGCAAGUACCCCUUUGACGGACGAUCCGAAAGGGAAAAGCAAGAGACGCGAGCCAACCUCCCCACUGCCCGGAUAUGAGUCAGAACCGGAAGCAAGUCGAGUCGCCACUCCUCAGGCUAUGGUGGCGACCGUCUCUCGCGAGCGGGAAGCGGCGGUACGCGCGACCCAGGGAGCGUCGACAUCGCAAGCAAGCUUCAUCGCUAGAGCGCACGCCCCGAGCGUUCCAGCAGCUUCAAGCAGGGCGAAGGAGCUUUACGCCGCAUACGCUAAAGAGAUUUCGGAGUUCUGGAGGAUUGACGGCUUGCCGCACGGCAUAACGACUCCCAAAGAGCUCCUGGAGCUGUUCCAGGAAACAUCGAAGAAGAUUCCCUUUGCCGUCCCGCAAAUGCUGCGAACCUGGAAAGGGCGUCAAGAUAUAUACUGGGUACGGUUUGGUGACAGAGAUCAAGCGCUGCGAGUGAGAGGCUACUUGUUGCGCGCCAGUAUCUCCGGAUCGGACGGUUGUGACGGCCCAUUAGUAGCCGAAUCUACAUAUCUCCUGGCGCAGGAAGAAGUCCGCGACCCGGAAGAGCGACCCUCGUCGCCCACGGGGUACUGGAACCUCCCCAUAGAUCUCGACGCGCGAUUCCGUAGACGUCCUGAAUCCCCGCGGAAGAUUACACCUCAGGCACAGCACGCAGCAUAUAUAGAGGAGGAUCCGCCGACUCACCAAAAUAAAUUAAUUACCCCAGACCAUACCGGCACGAGCCAACGUUCGCCGCCUUCACCUAGCGCGUUUCGUUCGCGCAAGAAGACUCGUAUCAAUUCACCACCGCCACAAUUCGUCGCUUCUCGCUCUACACGAGCAAUUCAAGUAACAACCACUUCCAUCUCGACUCGGAAGCACAAAUCACUAUUCGAAAGGAUCGCCUCAGAUGCUCCCCUUCGUCAAGAACCCGACGAACAAUCGCGCCAGAAAGGCUCUGAAAGCCGUUACUCGCAUAAUCGACGACGGUACCAUCACCGUUAA